CGUAACGAGCUCUGCCAUUUGACUGCGCAUUAUCACUAUGGGGAGUUAACGUGAUGUUAAUGUCAGUGUUUCUUUUACAUUUCGUGAACUGUGGUUAGGUUAGCUCUUGUAGAAGUCUCUGACAUUUGAAGCCAUGAGGCGGAGUAAGGCAGAAGUGGACCGCUACGUUUCCUCCGUACAGAGUUCCUCUCCUUCACUCAAAGAGAAGCCGCUCAAAGGAUUUCUAUUUGCAAAACUGUACUUUGAAGCAAAAGAAUAUGAACUUGCAAAACGGCAUGUAUCGGAGUAUCUCAAAGUGCAGGAGAGGGAUCCCAAAGCACACAAAUUCCUGGGACAGCUCUAUGAAAGAGAGGGAGAGAUCAACAAGGCAAUCGGUUGCUACAAGCGCUCGGUGGACUUGAACCCGGUGCAGAGAGACCUGGUGCUGAAAGUUGCCGAGCUGUUUGUUGGUAAGGGAGACUGCAACAGCAGAGCCGAGUUCUGGGUGGAAAAAGCUGCAAAACUCUUGCCUGGAAACCCAGAAGUCUUCAACUUAAAGGAGCGCCUGUUGAGCCGUCAGGGCCAGCAGGGUUGGAACCAGCUGUUCGACCUCCUCCAGGACGAGCUGGCAGCCCGGCCGGCCGACUCUCUGGUGAAUGUAAAGUUGGUUCAGCUGUUUUGCCAGGACGGUCGGCUGGACGAGGCCGUCAAACAUUGUCUGGCUACUGAGAAAAAGGGCUUUCUGCGCAACAGUCUGGACUGGUACAACGUGCAGCUGAACACGUUACAGGAGUAUCUGGCUCAGCCCAGCGUUUUAAAUAAUGAGAAGAUGUGUCGACGUCUCCAAAGAGAAGUGCUGCUGGCGCACUGCAGCCUGCUGCGAAUCAGACUGUCUGAGAGCGGCGUGCAGCCAAGCCUCGACGCAUUCAGAAGUUUCGACCAAGCUAUGCAGGCGCUGAGCGUAGUCGCCGCACGCUUUGCCGAUGAACUCUUUGAGGUGUUUGUGGAGAUGAGGGCUCACCUGUACCUGCAUGCCGCCACGCUGCUGCUGAAAAUGGCUCAGGACCGGCAGCACGCCUGGAGAGCCGUCAUCGACCUGGCCGCGCUCUGCUACCUGCUGGCAUACCAGGCUCCCAGACCAAAGACUAACGUGACCAAAAGAGACCAGUCGGCGCCGCAGCUGCUGGAGCUGCUGGCCAGUGACCGGCAGAGUCAGGCGGGGCACAUGCUGUUCAACCUGAGCACCGACGCCUCCACUUUGAUAAGAGAGGUGGUGGAGGCGUUUGGGAACCGUAGCGGUCAGGAGUCUCUGUUUGAGCUCCUCUGGGGUCCGCAGGCUUCCUCCGUGUCCUCGUUUAUCGCCAACGACGACAUUCACUCGCUCAGCUCUCUGGGUCCAGAGCUCUCUAAACUGGUCAAGUGGGACUCGGGCUCCAUCUUGCUGCACGGCGGGGAGCUGCAGCAUCUGAGCUGGCUGGGGCUGCAGUGGACGCUGCUGGACCAGAGGCCGCCCAUGCGCGACUGGCUGCAGCAGCUGUUUCCCAGGCUGACGCUGGAAACGUCCAAGCUGGACACCAACGCGCCGGAGUCGAUCUGCCUGCUGGACCUGGAGGUGUUUUUAUGCGGCGUGGUUUUCUGCAGCCACUGUCAGCUUCAGGACACAGCGAAGAUCAGCCGCAGCCUGAGUCCGCGGCAGCAGCAGCUCUUCGAGCCUCGCUGCCUUCCUCUUCCUCUCCUCCGCCUCCUCGCCACUCAGCGACAGAGGGAGUGGUGGGACGCCGUCUACAGCCUCAUCCACAAACGAGCCCUUCCUGGCACGUCGGCCAAACUGCGGAUGGUUGUGCAACAUGGCCUGAACACGCUGAGGGCCGGAGAGAAACACGGGCUUCAGCCGGCGCUGAUGAUCCACUGGGCUCAGAUUCUGAGCCAGACGGGCGGUGGAAUAAACUCGUAUUACGACCAGAAGGAGUACGUCGGCCGCAGCGUCCACUACUGGCAGAUUGUGACUUUACUGCUGGAGAAAAUAAAAAGCCGACGAAGCAUACCAGAACCGCUGGACCCUCUCUUCAUACACUUCGCCUCUAAGGACAUUCAGAUUUCUGCUGUGAAAGGUUAUGAAGACGAAGCGAAAAUCGCGUUCGCCGUUCUUCUGGACAUCGAAGGCAGAACUGAGGAGGCGAUCGCGACUUUAGAAAGCAUCAACAACAUGUCAUCCAUCUGGCAUUUAGCACAGAUUUAUCAGCGGCUGGCCGAGGAGGCCAGCAAUGGCGUGGAGGAGACCCAGGACAGGUGUUUAACUUUCCUGAGGAAGUUCAGGAACUACUUGUCAAAAAUCUACAACGCCAAUGCAGACGACAUCGAAAGGCUUCCCGUGUCCAUGGAGGAAGUGGUGGACCUCCUGAACGACGUAAAUCAGCAGCUUGGUGAAACUCAAGAGGACAUGGAAGAGGAAGAGGAGCAGGAAAUUAACCUUCGGCGAGGACCGACUCACUCCAGCCCGGCUCGUCUCACAGAAACCAGCGCCACCAUUUCGCACAUCAAGUUUGCUUCUCCGUCUCCGAGCAAAAGCAUCGUUUCUCCUUCCAAAAGACUGAUUUCACCAAAGACGCCGCCUCAUUGGAUUGAAGACCAGAAAAGUCUCCUCCAGAUGUUAUGUCAACAAGUAGAAGCCCUCAAGAAUGAGGUUCAUGAUCUCAAACACAACACAUCAGGGAACUCCGGCUCGCCUCACCAUAAGAUGUAUGGAGACACCUACCGAGCCGAGAGCUUGCAGGAGCCGUUCACCCCGGUCCAGUCCUACCACGGAGCCCCACUAACAGUUGCCACCACAGGCCCUCCUGUUUAUUACAACCAGUCUCCUGCCUACAACUCCCAGUAUUUACUGCGGACAGCGGCAAAUGUAACCCCCACCAAGGGUCCAGUGUAUGGGGUGAACCGUAUGCCCCCACAGCAGCAUAUGUAUGCCUACCAGCCGCCCACGCACACGCCUCCGCUGCAGACCGCCCCGUCCUGCAUCUACCCUCCGCAGGAACAAGUCUUCAGUUCCCCUCUUCGGUUUGAAUCUCAAGCCACAGGCCUUCUCUCUCCAUACAGUGAGGAAUAUUACGGCCAGAGCGUCACCCAGCAGACUAACCCCACUCUGCCUGAGCCUGGCUACUUCACCAAGCCCUCUGUCGCCCCCGUUCAACCACCAAAGGCCGUCGAGGGGAAGCCUGUGGACUUUGGGAAGCUUUCCUUCAGCCAGCAGGCUGCAACUGAAGUACCCAGAGUGCCGAAUUUUGGUGCAGGGUCAGUUGGCCCGGCUACAACUUCACCUGCUUUUAAAUUCAAUUGUUUUCCGAAAUCCUCUGAGAGAGAUUUAAAUUUCUGUUCACCCCAAACCAAGCAAAGUGAAAGUUUGCUCGGCCUCCUCACUUCAGACCUCCCCCCAAAACCCGACUCGUUUCCAGAGAAGCCACCGGCCCAAGAGCAGCCCCCAGGCCACCAGAGCAUCUUCACCUUCGGAAAUAAAAACAUAAGCAGCUUCUCGUUUGUAGAUUCCACUCCAAACGCAUCAGCUGGUGGUCUGUUUGGGAAGCCUGAGCAACCGUUUAAGUUGGGUGAAGUAACAGCGUUUGGCAUCGGCAAGACAUCAGAGCUGGAGAAGGCCGCAGAGAGCGAUGAGAGCACACAUGUUGAGGAGGACGAAGAUGGUCCUCACUUUGAACCGAUCGUCCCUCUUCCUGAUAAGGUGGAUGUGAAAACAGGUGAAGAAGAAGAGGAGGAGAUGUUCUGCAACAGGGCAAAGCUGUACCGAUUUGACACGGAGACAAAAGAAUGGAAAGAACGAGGAAUCGGAAAUAUUAAAAUCCUGAAACACAACACUAAAGGGAAGGUCCGCCUCCUGAUGAGAAGAGAGCAGGUCCUUAAGAUCUGUGCAAAUCACUACAUCACUGCAGACAUGCUGCUGAGACCUAACGCCGGCUCAGACAAAUCCUGGGUGUGGAACGCCAUUGACUAUGCGGAUGAAGAGCCUAAACCUGAACAACUGGCGAUUCGCUUCAAAACUGUGGAUGAGGCGGCUCUUUUCAAAGCCAAGUUUGAGGAAGCCCAAAAGGUGACGAGCAAAUCGCCAGAAAAGCAAAAACAGCAAGAGAAGAAAGAGGAAACCUCCAAAGACUUGGGUUUACUGGCGUCUCGGUUUGCUCUUAAAGAAGGCGAGUGGGAAUGCGCUGUGUGUGAUGUACGAAAUAAAGCAACGGCUGUGCAGUGUGCAGCAUGCAACACUCCCAAUCCACAGUCUUCAUCUAAACCAGAACUUCAGGUUACUACUGAAGCCAAAACCAGCCCAUUUAACUUCAAGUUUGGUACAGAUACAUCAAAGCCCAGUGGUUCGACCCCUACAUUUACAGGAUUUGGUGCUUUUGGAACUUCAGUACCCUCCUCUUUUACAUUCGGGAUGAGCUCCUCAAAACCUACUGACAAACCGGCUGGUCCAUUUGGUUUCCGCUUUGGUUCACAAUUUCCCACAAAGCCAGAGCAGUGGGACUGUGGCAAGUGUUCUGCAAAGAAUGAAGCAUCAACAGACAGUUGUGCUUCUUGUAAAACUCCUAAAACUACAGUCAAAACAGCCGAGAUAGCACAAAUUGCUCCAGCACCGGAAGCUCCUGCUACACAGUCUUCCUCUUUAUCUGCAGUUGAUGCUGGAUUUGCUGCACGCUUCAGCAAAAAGCCAGGACAGUGGGACUGUGAUGUUUGUGAAGUGAGAAAUGAAGCCUCUGCAGACAAAUGUGUUUCCUGUCAAACUCCAAACCCAGCUUCAAAGUCAUCCACUGUGGCUCCAGCAGCACCAGCUGCACCUGCAGGGUCAGGUUUUGCGGCAGAUUUUGCCAUGAAAGACGAACAAUGGGACUGCAACGUCUGUUUGGUCAGAAAUGAAGGGUCAGCAGCUCAGUGUGUUUCCUGCCAGUCUCCAAAUCCAAAUCCUUCUUUAGAGGCCAUGUUUGGCAAGAAGGAAGGAGAAUGGGACUGUGACGCUUGUCUCGUGAGAAAUAAGGCCUCUUCUAAUGAAUGUGUGGCCUGUAAAACCUCAAACCCUAAUGCUAAAAGCACAAUCACAUCUGCUGCUUCUGCCUCGUCUUUCAGUUUCAACAUUGGAACCACAAGUUCAUCCAACCAGGCUGCUGGAUCUGCAUUUACUUUUGGGAGCAGUGGUGCUUUUCAGUUUGGACAAAAUAAAGACAAAGCUUCAGCAUCUGCAUUCAAGUUUGAAGCUCCUCAGGCUGCGCCAGCCACCACAACCUCCUCUGGAUUCUCUUUUUCAAUGCCCAUCCCAGCUGGUGGCUUUAAGUUUGGCGUUCAGGACUCAGCAACAGGUUUGGCCUCAUCUAAUAAUCAAACUUCGACAGGGUCUGCUUCCAGUAUCCUCAAAAACAUGGCUGACAAACACAAGGAGAAAGAAAAUGUGUCUACGCCUUCCAUAGACCAAACGGAAAAAGAUCAAAAUCCUUUAAUUGCUGGAAAAGCCGAUACGUUUAGUUUUGCAGACUUGGCCAAGUCCUCCGAAGGAACCUUCCAGUUUGGCCAGAAAGAUCCCAACUUCAAAGGUUUCUCGGGAGCAGGGGCGCAGGUAUUCGCAUCGCCACAGACGACCCCUACCAAGGCAGAGGCCUCAAACGAACUGGAAGACGACGACAUGUAUAAAACGGAAGAACACGACGACAUCCAGUUUGAACCAGUGGUCCAGAUGCCUGACAAAGUGGACUUAGUGACUGGUGAGGAAGAUGAACAGGUCCUCUACUCCCAGCGUGUCAAACUCUUCCGAUUCGAUUCCAGCACUAGUCAGUGGAAGGAACGUGGUGUAGGAACCCUGAAGUUCCUUAAAAAUAACGCAAAUGGCCGGCUCAGAGUGCUAAUGAGAAGGGAUCAAGUUCUGAAGGUUUGCGCCAACCACUGGAUCACCACCACCAUGAACCUUAAACCGCUGUCUGGCUCAGACAAAGCCUGGAUAUGGAUGGCCAACGACUUCUCUGAUGGAGAUGCUAAACUCGAACAGCUGGCAGCCAAAUUUAAAACCACGGAGCUAGCAGAGGAGUUCAAAGAGAAGUUUGAGGAAUGUCAGAGACUUCUUUUGGAUAUCCCUCUGCAGACGCCCCAUAAGCUGAUGGACACUGGUCGAACGGCUCACCUUAUCAAGAAAGCAGAGGAGAUGAAGUCCGGUUUAAAAGACUUAAAAUCGUUUUUGACGGACGAGAAGACGAAAAUCCAAGACGAAGAAGUGCAGGGAGACGUUACUGCCGCAAGCGAACUUUCCAGUUUAGGGAUCAGGCCUCAUGGGGAAACAGGCCCUACCUUGGAGUGGGAUAACUACGACCUACGGGAAGAAGCUUUGGAUGAUACUGCUGACUCAUCAGUCUACACCACCCCCAUUUCAAGCAGCCCCCUUAGGAAGAACCUCUUCCGCUUUGGAGAAUCCACAAGUGGGUUCAGCUUCAGUUUCCAACCCGGCAUCAGCCCAUCCAAGUCUCCUGCGAAGCUCAACCUGAGCAGAGCAUCAGUGGGUACCGACGAGGAGCAGGAUACAACUCAGGACGAAGAGCGAGACGGACAGUACUUUGAACCUGUCGUACCUUUGCCUGACUUGGUUGAGAUUUCUACUGGAGAGGAAAAUGAGCUGGUGGUCUUCAGCCACAGAGCCAAACUGUACCGCUAUGACAAAGAGAUGAAACAGUGGAAGGAGAGGGGCAUUGGAGACCUCAAGAUCCUGCAGAGUUAUGAGACCAAACGUGUGAGGUUAAUAAUGAGGAGAGAUCAGGUGCUCAAGCUCUGUGCCAACCACUGGAUCUCAGCCGCCAUGAGGCUGGAGCCCAUGAAGGGGGCAGAAAAGGCCUGGGUCUGGAGUGCCUUGGACUUUGCCGAAGAAGGAGAGGGCAAAGUUGAGCAGCUGGCUGUGAGGUUUAAGAUGCAAGAGACUGCAAAUACAUUCAAACAGGUCUUUGAAGAGGCCAAGGCAGCGGAGGAAAAAUCGGAACUCAUGACUCCUGUGACGCCAAGACUCUCGGCACCAUCAGAAAGUGGAUUGUCAGCAACAUCUGAAAGCACAACUACAUCUCUUUGUGGGCAAGCAGCUAUUGCUGUUCUGGAAGAAACAACACAGGAACGUACAGCAACGUCUCCGGCCGUCAGGUCGACUGCAGCUGGAUCUGAUAGUCCUGUUAAUCCCCUGAAGACCGUGGUGUCUCCACCGAAGUUUGUGUUCGGCUCUGAUUCUGUUCAGAAGAUUUUUGGCUCUCCUAAGUCAGAGUCCCAAGCAUCUGCAUCUGUGUCGGGUUUGACGGCCAAAGAUGGUGGAAGCUCAGUCAAGCCUACUAUUCCUGCGCCAGCAUUCAAAAUGCAUACAGGCUCUCCUCUGGCGGCGGCGGCGGAAGCUUCCAGCUCGGGUUCGGAUGACGACUCCGAUGUGGAGAUUGUUUUCGUCAGAGAGCCGACAGCUGAGCAAGUGGCGUUAGCCAGGAAGCUCCUGCUGCCUCUCACCUUCUUCUGCUACAAGAACGAGCCAGGCUACACCAGCGAUGACGAACCCGAUGAUGAGGACUUUGAGUCGGCUGUAAGAGCCUUGAAUGGAAAGCUCUACCCAGAUCCUCCUGGAGCAGCAGUAGCAGUCUGUGCUGAGGAGCCAGACUGCCAGUUUGUCUGGGAGAAGAAACCAACGCCAGAGGAAGAGGAGCGGGCGAAGAGCCUCCAGCUUCCCCCGACGUUCUUCUGCGGCCUGAGCUCCACAGACAGCGAACCGGACAGCGAGGAGCCUGAAGACUUUGAGACGGAGCUGCGCAAAGCCCAACAAGACCUGGUUGCCCAGUUAAACAGAGGUGAGCCGGUCUCCACCGAUCCUGCAGAACCCUCACAGGCCUCGUUCUCCGGCCCGUCGACCAGCAGAGCAGAACCUGCAGACGGCAGACCCACACCAGACGAUCAGCCAGGAGAAAAACCCACAGACACUCAGAGUGAAACUCCCAGCAGCAGCAGUUCUCCUAUCGACCUGUCCACCAAGAAGAGCACAGAACCAGAGUCCAGAACCGACACCACAGCUGCUCAAGAUUCUUCCUCCUUUGGCUUCGACUCAGUCGCUGGGUUUUCGUUUGCUGACCUCGCCAAAAACACCGACGGAUUCGCAUUUGGAUCUAAUGAUGCCAAUUUCUCCUGGGCGAAUGCCGGAGCGACUGUGUUUGGAGCUGCGGCUCCCACUGAGGCUAAAAACAUGGCCGCCGAGGAAGGAAGUGAUGAAGAGGAGGCCUCCAACAACGUGGAUAUCUACUUUGAGCCCAUCGUUUCUCUACCUGAGGUGGAGACGAAAUCUGGCGAGGAAGACGAGGAAAUCUUGUUUAAAGAGCGAGCCAAGCUCUACCGAUGGGACCGCGACCUCGGCCAGUGGAAGGAGCGCGGCAUCGGAGACCUCAAGAUCCUCUUCCACCCGACCAAACACUUCUACCGGGUCCUGAUGCGAAGAGACCAGGUGCUGAGGGUUUGUGCCAACCACACCAUCUCAGAGUCCAUGGAGCUGAAACCCAUGAACACCUCCGCCAACGCGCUCGUCUGGACCGCCACUGACUACUCGGAUGGUGAAGGUGAGGUGGAGCAGCUGGCAGCGAAGUUCAAAACCUCAGAGAUAGCCGAGUCGUUCAGGAAAACCUUCUGCGAAUGUCAGAGCCGCAUCGGCCAAACCGGCGACGACGCCUCGGUGCUGUCCAGAGUACAGGAACACUCCAGAGACACGAACCCGCUGGUGUUCCUCAGGGUGGCAGCCGACGGCGAGCCGCUGGGCUCCAUCACCAUCGAGCUUUUCUCUCACAUCGUCCCCAAAACGGCGGAGAACUUCAGAGCGCUGUGCACCGGAGAGAAAGGCUUCGGCCUGCAGAACUCCGUCUUCCAUCGGGUCAUACCGGACUUCAUGUGUCAGGGAGGCGACAUCACCAAAAGUGACGGCACCGGCGGCAAAUCCAUCUACGGCGCCGCGUUCGAGGACGAAAACUUCGACGUCCGGCACACGGGGCCGGGCAUCCUGUCGAUGGCGAACCGUGGGCGGGACACCAACAACUCGCAGUUCUUCAUAACGCUGAAGAAAGCCGAACAUUUGGACUUCAAACACGUGGCGUUCGGCUACGUUCGGGACGGGAUGAGCGUGGUGCAGCAGAUGGGAGAGCUGGGCACGAAGGGCGGGGCUCCCGUCAAGAAGCUGGUCGUCACGGAGUGCGGACAGCUGUAGCUGCUCGGGUGGGAAGGUCCGGACCGUCGGCCUGGUUUGGGUUGGAAUGAAGUCGACUAGAAGCUGGGAAAACUGCGAGGUCCAAUGCACUUCCUGGAUGAUUUGGGAACCUCAGUGGAGGCUUUCGAAGCAACAUCACUGCAUCACUGCUGUUGCAUUUUAAUCAUUUCUCAGAUGUUUAUUUUUUGUGUGUGUUUAAUUGUAAAUGGAACAUUUCUUAUUGUUUUUGGUUAUUUCUCUCUGUGUGUUGUCCCACUUUUUUAUUUUUUUGAGGGAUUAUUAAACAUACUUUAGCUUCGUUUGGUUUGUUUCCACAAUCACAGACGUACAUUUUCCUGUUUGUUUUUCUUUCAGUGAAAUGAAUUCACAGUGCAGAUAAUUGGACUUUCACUGCUGAUUGGUUGGGGAUUCAGCAUCUGUACAGAUUGAGAUUACCAAGAAAAGUUACUUGUACUGGAAUAAUUUGCUGAUAAUUGAGAAAUAAAUUUGCUUUACAUGUAAUGCGUGACUCACGUUUACAUAUAAUUAUAAUUUUGGGUUAAUUACUGAUUUUCAUCAGUGAAGACAUUUUGAUGUUUGUUUUCCACUACAGUGUGUUCUAUCACAAUCAAAUAAAAAUGUCAUAAACU